AUUUUGAUAUUUAUAGAAGGAGAAUAAAGUUUCCUCUCUUAUACAACGAGAUUAAGUGAUGUGAUGCACAUCUAACAUACCUAAAUGGAGAGGAGGGUGGCCAUAAUCGGAGCAGGCAUCAGUGGCCUCCUAGCCUGCAAGUAUACCCUCUCCAAGGGCUAUACUCCGGUUGUUUUCGAGUCCCGGAGCAGCAUCGGCGGAGUUUGGACCCAGACUUUCGAGACUACAAAGCUCCAAACACCCAGAUCCGUCUACCAGUUCUCAGACUUCCCAUGGCCAUCUUCUGUACCAGAGUUUCCUAACCAUUCCCAAGUACUAGAUUAUAUUGUCUCUUAUGCUACCCACUUCAACUUGCUCCCCCACAUCAAGUUUAACUCCGAAGUCCUCGGCAUCGAGUAUGGAGGCCCAUCGGAUGAAGAGGUGCAGGCAUGGGAGCUCUGGAGCGGUACCGGUGAGCCCUUCAACUCUAAAGGGAAAUGGAGCAUUACAGUGAAGGACACAAACAGCCUUUCAACUGAGGUUUACCAAGUGGGCUUUGUUAUCCUAUGUGUUGGACAAUACAGCGACGUUCCAAAGAUCCCAGAAUUUCCAGCAGGCAAAGGCCCAGAAGCGUUCCGUGGAAAGGUGAUACAUUCAAUGGAGUAUGCAGCCAUGGAUUUCGAGAGAGCAGCUGAAUUCAUCAAAGGGAAAAGAACAACCGUGGUUGGAUUCCAGAAAUCUGCGCUGGACAUCGCAAUGGAGUGCUCAGCAGCAAAUGGAGUGCUGAAUCCAUGCAGACUGUUAUACAGGACCAAGCACUGGAGCAUCCCGGAUUCCUAUCCAUGGGGGGUGCCUCUAGCUUAUCUGUAUUUUAACCGCUUUGCGGAGCUUCUGGUUCACAAGCCUGGUGAAGGGUUCUUUCUGAGUCUCCUAGCUACCAUUCUUUCACCUUUGAAAUGGGGGUUCUCAAAGUUUGUGGAAACCUAUGUAAAUCAGAAGCUGUCCCUGGCAAAGUUUGGGAUGGUACCGGAGCAAAGUUUUCACAAAGACAUCAGUUCUUGUUUGAUAUCAUCAAUGCCGGAGGAGUUCUAUGAUAGAGUUGAGAAGGGAAGCAUCAUUCUGAAGAAAGCUCCCAAGUUCAGCUUCUACAAAGAAGGCAUUGUGGUUGACGGUGAGGCUUCACCUCUAGAGUCGGAUUUGGUCAUAUUAGCAACAGGGUUCAAGGGAAAUGAGAAGCUCAAAGACAUAUUUGUGUCCCCUACCUUUCAGAACCACAUCAUUGGCUCCCCAAAUGCAUCAAUCCCACUCUUCAGGCAAUGCAUUCAUCCUCGAGUUCCACAACUAGCGAUGAUUGGAUUCUCAGAGAGUGUUUCAAACUUGUACACGUCGGAGAUGAGGAGCCGGUGGCUGGCGGAGUUUCUCGACGGCACAUUCAAGCUACCAAACAUUAAGGAGAUGGAGAAAGAUGCAGAAAGAUGGGACCAGUACCUGAAGCGAUACUCAGAGAAGCACUAUCGGAGAUCAUGCAUAACAGCUCUUCAUAUAUGGUACAAUGAUCAACUCUGCAAGGACAUGGGGUGGAACCCUAAGAGGAAGAAGGGGUUUUUUGCUGAAUUGUUUGAGCCUUAUGGUCCCCUGGAUUACCGUCCAAUAUCUUGAAGUUAGUGAA